CAUUCCCCCGACCGAAUCUUCCCCAUUUCUCUCUCCCCCUCUCUCUCUCACACUAAACACGCAUCAAUGUAUGCAUCGUGUAUGUAACUUACCCCUCUUCUCCUACGCUCAGCUUCAUUCACCAUUCACUGUUCCUGUUCUUUGCUGCUCUACGUUAACGUUUCAGUAAUUUCUCAGAACACCCAAUUUUGGGUUUUCCUUUGAGCUAUUGCAAUUCUUUGCCGUUUUCAUGGGAAUACCGCUGAAAUCUGCUGUAUCAAGUGCCCCUUCUGCCGUAAAUUCACUGUGUUAUUGUUUCCGCUUCUGCUUUGCGUGUUGUUGUGGUCUCUGUUGAUUUUUGUGGCCUGAUUUCUGGAUUUCUCAGCCGUGGUUGGGUUGGUUUUGUUUUGGUGAUUGGGAUAUUUGUUUUUGGGUAAUGGAUUUGACGCAGCCGCCGGUGGACAACGGUCUCUCGUUAGGGUUUACAUUUCACGCAACGCCGCCGCACCUUAAGAGGAAUCGGAUUCAAAAAAUCGCCGACGAUUCGAUCUGCUUUCAGGUGGAGUCGCGGACUGGGGACGCUUCGUAUCCUUCGCCCCUAAUUCCUCUUCAAUUGAUGGACCAGCAGACGGAAAAUCGCUACCGUCAUCCCAGCCACGAUUCCGCUACCGAUUUGAAUGAAAGCAAGGACGGUGUGGAAGAGGUGGAGGAGCAAGAAGAGAAGUUUCAGAUUCUAGGUCACGAUAUGACUUUGAAGAGGAAGCGCGACUCCGAUUCCGGCUCCUCGUCAUCGUCUUCAUCUUCGAAGGAACUCGCCGCAGUCUCGUGCAAUCAAAUGGAAUCGCGUAGGAAUGCAGUCAGGGCGUGGGGGAACAAGAGCUUGAGAGUUGCUGACCCUGAUUUAUUCGAGAUAAUGGAGAAGGAGAAAGCCAGGCAGUAUAAAGGCAUCGAACUAAUAGCCUCUGAGAAUUUCGUUUGCAAAGCUGUAAUGGAAGCCUUGGGGAGCCACUUGACCAACAAAUACUCCGAAGGAAUGCCUGGUGCUCGAUACUACGGUGGAAACCAGUACAUAGACGAGAUUGAGACCCUGUGUUGCCAGCGAGCACUGGAAGCUUUCGGCCUCGAUCCAGAAAGUUGGGGUGUUAAUGUGCAGCCCUACUCAUGCACUUCUGCUAAUUUCGCAGUGUAUACUGGUCUUCUGUUACCUGGUGAUAGGAUAAUGGGGCUGGACACUCCCUCCGGCGGGAACACCAGCCAUGGAUGCUAUUUGCCGAAUGGUAGGAAAGUGUCGGGGGCGUCGAUCUUCUUCGAAACUCUGCCCUAUAAGAUAGAUCCACAGACAGGAUAUGUAGACUACGAUAAGCUCAAGGAGAAGGCCCUUGAUUUUCACCCCAAGAUAUUGAUAUGUGGCGGGAGCUCGUAUCCUAGGGAAUGGGAUUACGCACGGUUGAGACGCAUAGCAGAUGAUUGUGGUGCUGUUUUGUUGUGUGACAUGGCUCAAAUUAGUGGUCUUAUUGCUGCUAAGGAGUGCGCUAGUCCUUUCGAUUAUUGUGAUAUUGUCACAUCUACGACCCAUAAAAGCCUUAGAGGACCGAGGGGAGGAAUAAUAUUCUAUAGGAAGGGUCCGAAGCCUAGGAAGCAAGGGAUGAAUCAAGGCAGUGAUCGGUAUGAUUUUGAAGAAAAGAUCAAUUUUGCUGUUUUCCCAUCCCUGCAAGGCGGACCGCACAACAAUCACAUUGCAGCGCUUGCAGUUGCUUUGAAACAAGUGGCUACUCCCGAGUAUAAAACUUACAUGCAACAAGUGAAGAAAAAUGCUCAGGCUUUGGCAUCUGCAUUGUUGAGAAGGCACUGUAGACUCAUCACUGGAGGGACCGAUAAUCAUAUGCUGCUGUGGGAUCUCAGAAACUUCGGCGUGACAGGUAAGAAUUUUGAGAAAGUCUGUGAAUUAUGCCACAUUACUCUCAACAAAGUUACAAUCUUCGACGACAAAUGCAAUAUCAACCCAGGAGGUGUAAGAAUCGGGACACCUGCGAUGACUUCAAGAGGGUGUCUUGAAUUGGACUUUGAGAUCAUUGCCGAAUUCCUCCUCAGAGCGGCGCAGAUUGCAAGCUCGAUCCAGAGAGAGCACAGGAAGCUGCCUACGUGCCUCAAGGGGCUUGAAAACAACAAAGACAUUGUCGACCUCAGAGCACGCGUGGAAAGCUUCGCAGCACAGUUUGCAAUGCCCGGACUCGAAUAAUAGUAGCAAACCAAUUCUUUGGAUCGAUCGGAUGGUCCUCCAUGGGUAUGUGCACCUGAAGUUCACACGGUCCAAAUUGAUGUUAUUAUCCAGUAAGUAUUUCUUCUUCUUCUUAUUUUUUUGCACCAGACAUAAGUUUAGUUUUUUUUGUUUUUUGCUGGUUGGGAUUAUAUAGUAGUAUUAGAUACACAUAUAUAGAUAAAGAUAUAUAGAUAUUUGUAUGUAGCUGUGAAUGCAUAGAAGAAGAUGGUGGUUUGUUGAAUUUGUGGCAGCAUUUUUGUGGUUUUGACAGACUCCCCAGCUUUGGCUCAUUCAUGACACAUCCAAUCUGAUCCCUGCUAAUAUAACAUGAGUUUUGGGGAUUUGA